AAUGCCUCUCGUCUGUGUGCAACCACCGGUCAUGCUUCCCCUUUAGUUUUAAACGCCCUAGCAUCCCUCAGACAAGGUCGUGCACUUUUGCCUUUCCCUGCGAUAAACAAUCGAAAAAGUGGCGUGGGUAAAACCGUGCAAGCAGUCAUUGUGUCCCAGCCUCCACGAGAGAACGCAGAGGAGAUGCGGACACCGCUUGACAAUAUCGCAGUCGUUUAUUUUUUACAGCUAGUAGGAUGGAUGUGUACAAUGUGAACGACCUGCACGUGUACAAUGAAGUGAGUGACUUUAGGCGCGCGAGUAAAAAUGACACUUCAAGCGCGAGAGAAUAUUUCGCCAGGUAAAUACGGGCACGCGAAAAUGAACUCAGCGGUGAGCGAGAAUCGGCAGUGAUUUCUUCAAAAUGACUGAAUUCAUCCAACUGAAUUUAUGAACAGAACGACAGAUGGCAACGGAACAUUAUCAACACUCACAAUACGUCGUAAAAUAGAGCUUGUUACCGAACAGUAUGUUUAAAUCGGAUAAUUUCAGUCACGCUCUGUCUGAGGUCUCGUGAAGGGUUCAACAGUGACAAGACAGAAGCGAAGGCGAGUUCAACAACGGAGGACUUGGGUAGCGAUUCAAAUACUGGGACCUUCCGUCAUUUCGGCAUCCUUCUCCAUAAAACAAUCAUCACAGACUCGCAGAGCGAGUCUGUGAGCUGUGCAGUGUGGGACGCUGUCUGCCCCGUUGUCAUCAGACGUCAUGAGCUGGAGCUUCCUGACGCGUCUGCUGGAGGAGAUCCAGCACCACUCCACGUCGGUGGGGAAACUCUGGCUCACUACGCUAGUUGUCUUCCGCAUUGUGCUGACUGCAGUGGGCGGCGAAUCCAUAUACUACGACGAGCAAAGCAAGUUUGUCUGUAACUCGGGCCAGCCGGGAUGUGAGAACGUCUGCUACGAUGCGUUCGCACCACUCUCGCAUGUGCGAUUCUGGGUUUUUCAGAUCAUCCUGUCCGCCAUGCCCUCUCUGCUCUACAUGGGCUACGCUGCCAAUAAGAUCUCCCACAGCGAGAACUUGCGGGGCGGCACAGGGGCCGCUGACCCAGCUGCAGGUGACUCUGCAGGGGACGGAUACACCCAGCGAAGACCAAGGAAGAUGUACUUCGGGGCACGGCAGCAUCGACCAGGACACGAGGAUGGGGACGAACAACGUGAAGACGACCCAAUGAUUUACGAAGUGCCUGAGAUGAACACACGUCGGGAUUUGGUGCCACCGCGACCCAAACCCAAAGUGCGUCACGACGGGCGUCGGCGUAUCCGAGAUGACGGCCUGAUGCAAGUGUAUGUGUUACAGCUUCUGACGCGCUCCGCACUGGAGGCUGGCUUUCUGGCGGGACAGUACCUGUUGUACGGUUUUCGUGUGGAACCAAUCUUUGUCUGCUCGGAUAAGCCAUGCCCGCACCAUGUGGACUGCUUCAUCUCACGCCCCACCGAAAAGACCAUCUUCCUACGAAUCAUGUACGGCGUCAGCUGCCUUUGCCUGCUGCUAAACCUGUGGGAAAUGAUUCAUCUCGGAGUUGGAACCAUCGGCGACGUGCUGCGCAAGCGAAACGCGGCAUCCACUGAUGACGAGUACCAGCUUGGCCUUCUUGCAACGGGUGCCGUGUCUGUCGGAGUAGGCGGGCCUUCGCUCAGCGAGGGGGAACCUGGAGGUGGGGUUGGGGGUGGUGCUAGAGAAGCGGACUAUGUUGGUUAUCCCUUUUCCUGGAACACCCCUUCUGCGCCACCAGGCUACAACAUUGUGGUGAAGCCCGAGACGAUGCCGUACACAGACCUAAGCAAUGCCAAGAUGGCGUGCAAGCAGAACCGUGCCAACAUUGCACAGGAAGAGCAGCAGCAGUAUGGCUCCAAUGAGGACAACUUCCCAUCUGCAGGUGAGGCACGGCCGCCACCCAUCAACAAAGACGUGAUACAGUUAGAGGCGGCGAUCCAAGCCUAUACCUUGCAGCACAACGCUAGCAAUAACCAUGACGAGCUCAACGGCACUAAUGACAUCGAUGAGAAGCCUCAGAGUAACAUCACCACAGUACCUCAGAAGGAGCGAAAGCAACGGUCCAAGCACGGGAAAUCUGGGAGCGCUGGGAGCAGCAGCAGCAGCAAGUCAGGAGAAGGCAAACCAUCUGUCUGGAUCUGACAAUUGCACUCACACCUGAACAUUACACUCAGUGGGCCUCUUAUCCAUUUUUACAUUCUAGACACAAAAUAUUGUGUGUAUCCUACAGAUUACAAAGACUGCGUAUUCGCAAUUGGAACAUAUGGUGUAUAUAUAUUUUUAAAUGCUUCCAGUGCCUUAAAGGAACUUGAUCUUCCUAAAAUAAUCUUGUGUUGUCAAGAUUAUGUUUAACUCUAAGAACAUUCCCUCAUAAUCCUGAAAAAACUCAUCCGUUUUCAAAGUUAGGAACUAUCCAAUGAGAGAAAGUCUUCCUAUCGGAAGAGUGAUGACACUGCAAUCCGAUUCCAAGCCAGCUGUCUUCUUAUUUCCAGUGUUAAACAAUAACUUUUUUUCAUUACAAAUGCUAUAACAAUGCAAUGAUGCACCGAUGUAGUAGUGGUACUCUGUGGUCUUCAAGACCCAACAAAACAGUCCUGUGAAAUAUGCUGGUAAACUGUAAUCUACAAUAACACAUUCAGUGCAAGUUUUGGUCACACUCAGAGCUAUGGGUGUUAGAAGCAUCAGUGCAAAGUCUUUUUUAGUUCUUGAAAUUCUAGAUCUCUCUAGCCACCAAGACUUGGGAUAUUUAGCUCAUGGAUCCUUAUCCUACUCUGUUCUUGUACUAUCCCCUACUGGUGAAGAAAGCAGUUGCAGUCUACUCUUAUCAGCCAUAUAUACAGGGUUCCCACAGUCCUAGAAAACCUGGAAAUAAUAACAAGUUAUUUUACAAGUGUGAUUUCCUGGAAAUGUUAAGGGAAAAUAUCAUGGAUAUUCAUUGGUCAUAAAGUGCAGGAACCCUGUAUUUAGUUGCAUAUGAAAUUUUUUUUUCAUUAAGAUUGACUUGACAGAAGCUCACUGUGUAUUGUUGCUAUUGGACGUAUUUGUGGGAACAUCCUCUGGCUCUAAGAGACUUCAUAUAGCUGAUCCAAGUAGCAGGUCUAACUUGGUGCAAUGUAGAUAUCAGAGUUGAGUCUUCCAUUUUCUCUCUUACUGCCACAUUCCAACUUGCAAGAUUUUUGCCUUUUUGUGGGAUGUUUCAAUUUGUGAUGAUUGCCAUGGGAGACCAAAUACUGUUUGUCACAAUAAAGACAUCAAGCUACUAUGCAGUCAUGCAGACUGAGGAAAACACGCCAUAGAACACCAUUGUGUGUGCCUGCGUGUGUGCGCGCGCUUGCGUGUAGCUGAGGAUGAGAAGGUGGGGGAGUGAUUGCAUGAGUGCAUGUGAGAAAUUUUUGAUUAACGAAUUAAAGAAAUAAAAGAGAAUCCCUUUACAUAUCAGCAUUUCAGCAGUAUUUAUUGAUGCUGAAGAUUGUGGCAUUAGAUUUCUGGUUUCUAAGCAAGACGUGACUUGUUUGUACUUUUAAACAUCAAUUAGGUUUCUUUUUUUAUUAGCUUUUUUAAUACAUGGAACUCAGCAGUGCCCAUAUGAUUUGAUUAUUACAAAAUACGUUUUGUAGGAGUUUUAUUUAUUUUUUAUUUGGUUGCCUUUUCUUGUAGCAAAAACAAAAAAAAAUUGAUGUAUGUAGCCUACUUUGUAGUCAGCCAGUUUGAAUCCUUUUGUCAUAAUCGAUCCCUUCAAAUAUGAUUUUGCAUGGGAGGGAAAAUAGGAAUGUUUAAGGGGAAAUUCCACAGCACUCUUUCCAAUGGAAAACUCUACACAAAAAGGAUUCUUCAGUGUAACUACUUUGACCUUUUAUGUGUGGGUGCGUGUUGCAGCUGUAUAUUCGAGUGCUCCAGAUGGAGUGAGUCUAAGAGACCCCUCUGUCCCACAUCUGAGCACCACUGCGUGUGUUUACGUUUGUGUUUUUUAAUGUGUGUGUGUGUUGGAGUUAGCCAAGGUAAUCCUCAAGAAAAACCUCGUACUUUGUCAGCUGUCUAAGAAAGAGAAACUGAAUUAGUAAGCUACUUUACUUCAGAGUUUGACACAUCGCUUAGAAAGCAAGUCUUCUCAGUUGGUGUCAAUGGAGUAUGGCGGCCUUCUUCUUACAGAUGAGUAUGUGUGAGUGUGAAAGCAUGCGUUUCAAUUUAUUGUCCUUUCCUGGUUAUCAUCAAGCCAGUAAUGUGUUUGAUAAGACCUAUGUUUGUCCUGACUGGUGUGUGAUUCUAUAAAUGUUGUCACUGUGUUUGAAAAUGAGGGUGAAAAAAUGCAUUUAAUGUGCCAAGCUGGAUUGUUCAGCGAUUUCCAAUUUUUGAAAACCCUCUCUUUGGAUUUUGAAAUGCAUGUUCAGAGCUAUUUUGUUAAUAAAAUGAAAUAAAUUGGAAUUGUGUGCGUGUC